AUGCAUCGGAAACAAAACAUUGAGCCAUUCAUUAGGCGAAAAGAUUGUUCUUGUGCAGGAUCGUUCGAAAUACGAUUGGUUUCGUUGACAGUUGGCUCGAAAGAGGAGUUUCGUCCUGAAUUAAGGAUUUGUCUGAAGCAUUUUGAAAAACGCAUUAGCUAUAAUGGCGAAUGUACAUUUGGUGAAGUGACACUUGAUGCGGAACGGUUACGUAACGGAACAAAGAUUGAAUUCCAGUUUGGUUGGCCAGAAUCGUUUACGUUAAUAACGGAAGCAUGGAGAACCACUGGAAGUACGUUUACUUUUCUGUAA